GUCAAUUGACUUCGUUUGCUCUCCUUCUCAUCUCUCUCUCUCUCUCUCUCUCUCUCUCUGCAUCAUAUAUCCCCACAACACAACCACACACGAGAUUCAGAAAUUAGAGAAAGAUCCGAGUCAAGUUUCAUUCUUUUCAACGCUUUACAACAAAGCAUCUCCGUCUGGUCUGGUUCCUGUUCCUCCUCGCCCGGAAAAUUGAUGUGGCUUUCUGUCCGGCCAUGUGCUUCGCCGGCGGCAAAACUCUCCUCCACUUCUCUCCGCUGCUGCUUUUGCUCCUCUCACUUCUGCAGAUAUGGGUCUGCUGUCACCCUUCGUGCCUCCUGGUCGGAGCCAUUCGGAUAUUCCCAGAAAAUGUUGCCGCCAAAGUGAGACUCAGUCACACCCAAGACGACGACGACAAGAAUCACUUCUUCCAAAAGUACUACUUCCAUGGAAACACUUCUGGUCCCACCACCAACAACAACACAACCCAUAAGGGCUUCGAAGAAACUAAGAGAAGGGUACCAAGUUGCCCAGAUCCUCUUCACAAUUAGCAAGUACUAGAAUUCUCUGUCGCUUUCCCUUCUCUUAUUAGAUUUUUCUGUGUGUAUUUCUCUGUCGUUGAAGCUCGAUCAUCCAAAAUACCCACUUUUUUCUCAUCACUUGCUUCCUAUUAAUAUAUAUGCGUCGAAGGAAGAUUCUGAGGGAAAAAAGAGGAUAUUUUGGCAUAUUCUAAAAAAAAAAUUAUUCUUUUCUAUCAAUGGAGGUUUUCCA